AUGGAUAAAAAGAAUAAAGUGAAAUCUAUUGUCAAGUUCGAUGAUGAAAAGGAGCCAGAACCAGUAAUCGAAGAAGUACAACAGAUUAAGAAGGAAAAGAAGAAGAAGAAGGAAUAAUAAAAGAAGAAAUUAGCAGUUGAAUAGAGACAUGUCACUAUUGCCAUCCCAGAUUCAAUUAUCUCUAAUGCUUAAUCAUCUGAAUUGAGAAGUUAUUUUAUGUCUCAAUUGGCAAGGAUGUUUGCCAUCUUUUAAGUAGAUGAAGUGAUCAUCCUAAGAGAUUAUUCAUAGUAUCUCCAUAUUUACAUUCUAGCAUACCAAAAAGCAAAUAAUUCGAUGUGGCAUCCUAUGUUGUUAGAAACCUACAAUAUUUGGAAACACCACAAUAUCUGAGAAAGUACUUGUUUCCAAUUCACUCCGACUUAAAAAAUGUUGGUCUCAUGAAUCCAAUCGAAUCAAAACAUCAUUUACUUACAGAAUAGGUAUGUCCCUUUAGAGAAGGUGUUGUUGUUGAAAGACCUAGUAAAGGUGACACAUCUUGGGUGGAAAUUGGCCUCAAAAGAUAAGUCUUAAUUAAUUAUCCAUUGCAACCAGGAACUAGAGUCACUUUGAAACUAGAUGAUCCUACUGCCACUCAUCUGACAGGUGCUCCCGUCUCAAGUUAAGAUGCUAAGAAGGACGGCUAUUACUGGGGUUACACGGUCACAAUAGAGUCCAAAUUUCAUAGGUUAUUAGACAGAGGUAAGAAAUUAGUUUCCUAUUAUCUAUAGAUGAUUUCGACAUGAAGAUCUUGAUUGAAACAGAGAAAAGUGAUGAAGCUUAAUAGACAACUGCUUUUAAUCCCUGCCAAUUGUCUCAACAACCAUUAAAAUUAUUGUUACUAUUCUCUGGUUUGCAAAAGAUUACUGAUUUUACAGAAAAUGAUGAAAAAUCGAAAGUAAAGAACUUAAUAUCUGUCUUUAGUUAUCCAAGGAGGAUAUUUAUGGGAAAUUCGAUCAUGUAUAUAGAUAUGGAAAUAGUGAUUAUGGAGUCAAAUAACUUAGAUUAGAGGAAUAAAUGUUUAUGUUUUUACAAUCAAUAUAAUGA